AUGGAUUUUGCGCUGUCCACUUUCUUGGGUAGCCAUGAGAAACAGAUGUUGCAUAUAUUUCUGUUCAUCCUGGCACUUGGACACUGUCAGGACAAAGUCGUUUCAUCAUCCUCGGUGGUGCAACUUGUUCAGAACUUUUCCAGCCUCAAUCUCGCAUUGGAAUCGUUGCCAAAGGAGUGCACAAAGAAUGGGAAAAAAUACAAGGAAGGAGAAGAAUUCACCAUAGGACAUCUUCGAUACAAAUGCCAGCAGUAUGGUGUCUACUCUAUCGAAGGAUGCGUAACAGAAGACAAGAAAAACUUGAAAAUAGGAGAGAUUGUCGUCAUAAACAACGUAAAAUCACAGUGCCUCUCAAAGGACAACUCAGUCUACUACAGAGAAACUGUUUGUUCGACGCUAGGACAGCCAGACUGUGACAAGGUGGGUCCACCAUCUGGAUUUGUAGAAGCAUCUAAGAAAGAAAAGGCAAGACCGCAGGAAAAAGAGAUCACUGUGGCUGGACUUCCUCCAGGUUGGAAGGUGAUCGAUGAAGUCCGACAGGAGAUUCCUGGUACCAGUGGUCACAUGGUCUCCAGAACUCUUAUGUUCAAACCGAUUUCUGGAGGUUCAAGAGCACGUCGACAGAGUGGAAGAGGGGUAGGGUCCGUUGUAGCUGUCGAGGAUGUUGGAACCGAUAAACCACCUAUGCCAAUGAGCAUGCUUCUAAAUGGCGGGAAGGCAUCGGGUACGGUAAAGGACCAACCAGGAAGAGGAAAAGUACAUUCUAUGCAACACGUCUCAAGCAGGUUGAACAUUGAGGCCAAAAAAUCCGGUAAUGACCGAAUUGUUGGUGUGGGAACAGGCAGCAGAGAUCUCAACAGUCGAACGCCAACUAUAUCUAACGCUAAAGGACUCAGGCCAGAAUCGGUGGGCGGAUCUCGCUCUGAUGUGAGCUGGAAGGGGAAAACCAUCUCGGUAAAUGGAAGGACUGUUGGGGCUGGUCCGGGAACGUUCACUUUUGGGACAUCUCCAACAGGUUCUUCUCUGAAGAAAGGAAACUGA